UGGGAGCAGUUGGUUCGUUCGGCUCGAGAUUGGAUUCUCGGGCAAGCAAGCAAGCAAGCGAGAGAGGAGAGCUGUGAGCGCAUCGGGGGAGAAGAGCAAGUAGAGGAGGAGGCGUGCGCCAACGCACUUGCGCCGAUGGUGCGGGCGGGCGGGCGUGCGAAAUCGGCCCCCGGCGCAGCGCGCUGGGUUUCACGCCUCUUUGUCGCCAUGGCGUACGACGCACACGUUUCCCCGGCUGUCGAUGCCCGGCUGCCACUGUACCACCUGCUGCCUGCUGCCCCCACUCAGCCAGCCAGCCAGCCAGCCAGCCCUCCAUCCAUCCAUCCUCUCUCCCGCCUCGUCGUAUAAGUCCGUCCCUGCCCCCUCCGGUCUCACUCCAAGAGCCUUUCAUUCAUCGCAUCAGACACACAGCAGCCCUCAGCGCACAGUCAAGUCCCACAAGCAGGCGCAGUCGCAGAGACAUCGCAGUCGUCGAGGGCCGCUCGAGGAUUGUCGUCGUCGUCGUCGAAGGAAAGGCGAGGAAAGGCGAGGAAAUUGAGCGCAGCCUCUGCAGGCAAAAUAGGUUCCAGAAGCUCGAGGAUGUCGGGGUACCCGCCGCACGGGGGAUAUGGCGGGGACCCUUACGGCUACGGGGAGUCGGGGGGAUGCAUAAACACUGGCGGCUACGGGCGAGAAGGCAGGUAUGGGCAGUCGGGGUGCAUCGUCGACAACGGAGGGUACGGGGGGCACGGGGGGCACGGGAGAUAUGGGCAUUCCGGGGGAUGCAUUGACACGGGCGAGUAUGGCAGCCGAUACGGGCACUCGGGCGGAGGGUGCAUCGACACGGGCGAGUACGAGACGGGCCGAUACGGCAUGGGCAUGGGGCGCAUGACCCACUACGCCGAGCCCAGCGGCAGCGGGUACAGCGUGGGCAUGGCGAAUGCCGCCGUCUCCGUGCCUCCCGUGGUCAGCCCUUCCUUCUGCGUGCCGUACAUGGCGCAGUUCCUCAUCGAGCAGAAGGUGAUGACUCUGAGCUCGGGCCGCUUCGUCAUCGCCGACGGCCAGGGCCGUCUGCUCUUCGACGUCGAGAGCAAAAUGUUCGGCAUCCACACCAAGCGCAUCCUGCGCGACUCCAAGGGCAUCCCUCUCGUGCUGCUCAAGAAAAUGAACGUGACUCUGCACGACAGAUGGGAAGCGUAUCGGGGCGAUGAUUCUCACGACAGUAAUCUGCUGUUCAUCAUGAAGAAAUCGUCCAUCUAUCAAAUGAAGCCGUCGUUCGAUAUCUACCUCUCGGCGAACACAGCGCUCACGAGGCCCGACUUCACUCUGAAAGGAGACUUCUAUCAACAUAGCUACACGGUUUUCUUCCACCACACGCCCAUCGCUGAGGCGAGCAAGAAGAUCAAUGUGCAGUCGGUGUUCGCUGGCAAAGAUCAGUACGGGGUGACGGUGUUUCCCGGUGUGGACCAUGCGUUUAUCGCGUCGCUCAUCGUCAUCGUAGAUCAGAUUCAGCAGGACGACACUGGAUCGAGCAAGUGAGCCGUGCAAGCGUGAGUUCCACGUGAGUCCCAGGUGAUCCGCUAUCACACCUUCAUCAUCAUCAUCAUCAUGAAGAGAAGAGAAGACAAGCAAGGUGGCGACAUGCGUGACUAUAUUUAUAUAUCAAUCGGACAAUCGAGGUGCUGCUUUCUUCCCGUCCAAGCGAAGACGAAUAUAUUCUGAGGAUUGGCGGGACAUUCUCUUUUCUCGCCUGAAGACGGACUCGAGGACUGCGGCCGACGAUCGUCACAAAGCACGUCGUUGGCCAACUGAAGCGUGUCAUAGCUGUUGUAGGGGAAAUGCCAUGGGCGUAGAGUUUGCUCGUGUUCGACGCAGUUAAAAACUUCUUUGAUUUUGGAGUUUCUCAGUUUUGUACCAUACACAAGCUCAUGUACAGGCCCGUGUACCAUAGAGAUUUCAUUGACAAUUUUGCUAGGUUUUGUUCCACUCUUCAAUUGGAGUCAUAUAAUGUAUCGAUGACUGCACCUGCAGCCACUUCAACGAUUUGAGGCGUUUACCA